GUUUUGUUGACAGCAGACGAGAGCACGAAAAAACGAAAGGAGAACAAAAUAACUAAAUUAAAAUUAUAUCAAAUUUACCGGAACAACCAUCUGCCGUUAACGUUUAGUCUGUUCACAGGUGCCAGACGUGGGCUGUGGGUUGGGUGACUAACUGCCACCCCUAUUUCCGAAGAGCAUCCCGAUGUCUGUGUGAAAACUCGUGCCCACCUCGAGGCCAGUCGCUUUUCCCGUUGUUGACCGUGUCGACGGAGAGAAGCUGCCAUGGCGGCGAAGGCGGGGGACAACCCGGAGUCCCUGAUGGUACUGGCCACUGUGUACUGCCUCCGGAACCUGAGGAGAACGAUGUGCUGCAUCGGAGACAAGAACAGGCUGCGGCUGCACCCCGAUAUCUUUCUGCCCAGCGAGAUCUGCGACAAACUUGUCAGCGCUUACAUGGAGCUGGUCCACACAGACAGUAACUUUGAAAUGCACGAGGGCUUCUUCUUGCUAUUCUCAGACCCCUACAGCACCAGGCUGACCCGCGUCCAGCUGAGAGACGACACGGUGCGGGACAGGGACCUGGAGGCCAUCGGGAAACAGGACCUCAUCGAGCUCCACCUCAACAACUGCAGCAACCUGACGGCGCGCAGCCUGAGAGCGCUCUACAACUUCAGGCAAACGCUGGUCUCCCUCAGCCUGUUCGGCUGCAGCAACAUCUUUUACAGGAGGGGCGGGGCCCCGCUAGCGUGCGGCGACGAGGACCGCCCCCUGCGGCACAUGCUGGACGCCGAGUUCAGCUUCCAGGGCUUCAACCGGCUGCGGCUGCUGAACCUGGGCGGGCUGUCGGAGGAGGUGGACGUGGAGUCCCUGCUGAAGCCCCUCCCCUCCCUCACCUCCCUGGACCUUUCGGGUGUCCUCCUGCCCAAAAUGACAUUCCUGUCCCAAUGGAAGGAUAGGCUGGCCUCCCUGGUGCUUUACAACGUCGAUCUGUCAGAGGAGCACAUCCACACCAUAGUGCAGAUGACCUGCCUCCGGCACCUGGACAUCUCUCGGGAAAGCCGGCGCAACUCCAAAUUCAAGCUGACGAGGAAGACCUUGACCGCCAUCGUGCAGAGCCUGGUCAACUUGGUCUCCCUGGACAUCUCGGGACACGUCAUGCUGGACAACUGCGCAGUUCCAUACUUUGAGGAUGCAGUGGGACGUCCCAGUAUUGAGCCAUCCAAGAGCAGCAUAUACCCCUUCCAAGAGCUGAAGAGGCCUCUGCAGUUUCUGGGACUGUAUGACACCACACUUUGUAACCUGACACACAUUCCAGCAUACAAGGUUACAGGAGCCAAGAACGAGGACCAGAUCCUGAAUGCCAUUGAGGCCUACACUGAGUUUCGCCCUGAGGUAGCCCACAAAGCCAUCAAUCACCUGUUUGACAUCGCCAGGAUACAGCACUGCAACCAGCUGCUCCGUGCCCUGCAGCUGGUGAUCGCGGCCCUGAAGCUCCACAAGUACGACAAGAGCAUCCAGGUGACGGGCAGCGCGGCGCUGUUUUACCUGACCAACACGGAAUACCGCACCGACCAGAGCAUCAGGCUGCGGCGGGAGGUCAUCCAGGUGGUGCUGAACGGCAUGGAACAGUAUCAGGAGGUCACGGUCCAGAGGAACUGCUGCCUGACGCUGUGCAACUUCAGCAUCCCGGAGGAGCUGGAGUUCCAGUAUCACCGUGUCAACCAGCUGCUGCUGAAGAUCCUGGAGCCGACCCUGCAGGACGAGUCCAUCCAGCGUAUCGCCGUGCACCUCUGCAACGCGCUGGUCUGCCAGGUGGACAACGACCACAAGGAGGCCGUGGGCAAGAUGGGCUUCGUCACGACAAUGUUGAACCUGAUACAAAAAAAGCUGCAUGACAAGAUGUGUGAUCAGGUGAUGGAGUUCUCCUGGAGCGCUCUCUGGAACAUUACAGACGAGACGCCCGAUAACUGUGAGAUGUUCCUCAACUGCAGGGGCAUGACCCUCUUCCUGGAGUGUCUACAGGAAUUCCCAGACAAGCAGGAGCUGCAUCGCAACAUGCUGGGGCUUCUGGGAAAUGUAGCGGAGGUGAGGGCGUUGAGGCCCCAGCUUCUGACGCCGCAGUUCAUCAGCGUGUUCAGUGACCUGCUGGACAGCAAAGCGGACGGGAUCGAGGUGUCGUACAACGCAUGCGGGGUGCUCUCCCACAUCAUGUUCGACGGGCCGGACGCCUGGGUGAUGGAGGAGCCUCGCAGGGACGCCGUCAUGGAGAGGAUGUGGGAGGCCAUUCGGAGCUGGGACGUCAACUCCCGCAGGAACAUCAACUACAGGUCUUUUGAGCCAAUACUGCGCCUGCUGCCCCAAAGUAUUGCCCCUGUCAGCCAGCACUGGGCGACGUGGGCGCUAUACAACCUGGUGUCUGUCUACCCAAGUAAAUACUGCCCCCUGCUGAUGAAGGAAGGAGGAAUUGCCCUCUUACAGAAGGUGAUAGAGCUGGAUUCCUCACAUGAGGAGACCAAGGACAUGGCACGGAGGGUGAUGGGACACUGUGGGAACUUCAAAGAGGAUCCCAUGGAUACGUCAAGGUAAAUGGUGACCAGGAGGACAGCACUGGGAGCGGUGAAACUGAAUAAGGAAAAGAGUAUGUUUUUUUUUUUUUGGGCUCUCUCCCACCAGCAAUGGUCUGCAUUGAUUUACUGUAACAUUUGUGAGGAAUGGAACCAUUUGAUUCUCAGCCAUGUUUCUGGAAGGAACCUUGCUGUGGGACAUGAC